AUGGAGCUGGAGAAUGAGAAAGGACUGGUGAAGCCACCAGUCACGUUGAGAAAGACAGUAAGCGAUACUACCACAAAGAAUGCCUCGGGGAAGUCACUUGCACAAACCACUGGCAAGCGAAAGCGUGAACCCGCCGCGAAACUUGUGCCUGAAGCCCUUCGGGUGUUUGAUGGUUGCCACUUGUAUUUCUUCCCUAACAACGACGCCGCACCCGCUCGUAAGAGGCGCAUCAUGAAAGCCUGCGAGUACGGCGCUAUCUGGCACAAGCAGUGGGACGCUCAAGUGACGCAUGUCGUUAUGGACAAGUCCGUAACUUUUGACCAUUUGCUGGCGUGGCUCAAGUUCGAAGGGCUACCUGACAAUGUCGUUAUGGUCAACGAGGUUUAUCCUGCAGAGUGCAUUAUAUACGGCGUGCUUCUUGAUCCCUCGGUGCCCAGAUUCGCGGUGAAGGGCUCCAUCCCAUCGAGAGUUGACUCGGCAAACUCGGACACGUCUCUGAAGCCGGGUUCUAAGGAUCGUACGGGAGAGUAUACCACGAACGUUCCAGCCUCCGCGCGCACCGCGAACAACAAAGUCGCUGUCGAGAAUUCGAGCACCAUUCCGCGCAUUGGUCAGAGCUUGCCAGCAUCUGAAAUAGCUAGCAGCAAAGAGCUAGACGAAGCCAUUGCAAAAGCAAAGACUUUGCAAAACAUUGACAUCAGCGAAGAUGAAGAGGAUGUUUUGGAAGGGAAUCAUUCCAGUGACCAGUCCGGUGACGAGGAGGAGGAGAAUGCAGGAAUGAAACGGGCUGCAAAGCGCAAAGGCAAGUUUCCCAAUGCACAAGACAAGUGGCAAUGUAUGCAGAAGAACACGGGUGACCACACAGGACAGAACCCCAAUACCGACACCAUUGAAAUUUUACAGCAGAUGGCAGAACAUUAUGGUCAGACUGGCGACGAGUGGCGCGUUCGAGCGUAUCGGAAAGCGAUCGCUACUCUACGAAGACACACGGUCAAAAUCAACACCAAGGCGGAAGCGGGAGCCCUACCCAACAUUGGGCCUCGGCUAGCAGAAAAGAUCGAAGAGAUUGUAUUCACUCGCAGACUGAGGCGGUUAGACCAUGCCCGGGCCGAGCCCCACGACCAAAUCCUGCAGACUUUUCUGGGUGUAUACGGCGCGGGAAUCAAGCAGGCGACCGAGUGGGUCAACGCCGGCUACCGGACCCUCGGGGAACUUUUGGAAAAGGCGCCCUCUCUGACGCCGAACCAAAUGAUUGGGAUUGCGCACUACGAGGAUUUUGCGACGCGGAUCUCACGCUCCGAGGUCGAGAAGCACGGCAGCUUCGUGCGAACCGCUCUGCACCGGCUCGAUCCUCGUUGUGAAGUCAUCAUUGGUGGCUCGUACAGGCGCGGCGCCAAGGAUAGUGGCGACAUUGACUGCAUCAUCACGCGUCCCGACACGGGCGCUGCUCACCUUCGGAACAUCGUGCUCGGUCAGCUGGUGCCACAACUGACGGAGAGUGGCUUCCUGGUGGCCAAUCUGGCCAUGAGCUCCAGAGACGACGGCAGUAAGUGGCACGGGGCUUCCUGUCUUCCCGGUUCCAAGAUUUGGCGACGCUUGGAUCUGCUUCUGGUGCCAUCUGAUGAGAUGGGCGCUGCUUUGAUCUACUUCACAGGCAACGAUAUCUUUAAUCGGAGUUUGAGACUCCUUGCGAGCACAAAGGGAAUGCGAUUGAAUCAACGAGGCCUGUUCAAGGACGUGCUUCGCGGGAGUAAUCGCGAGAGGUUAUGCCAAGGAACUUUGGUGGAAGGCAAGGAUGAGAAGAAGAUAUUCGAGGCUCUCGGUGUACCGUUUCGACCACCAGAGCAUCGCAUCUGCUAG